UUAAAAUGGCGUAUCGGACAAAAAUUUGCAAUCAAGGUGGAAUCUUUAAUGCAUCUAGACCAUCCGAAUACAGCUCGGAAACUCGACAAUUUUUGAACGAGUUGAUAAAGGAGAGCCGCUUAACGACAUUACAAAGGAAGUCUUUACAGGGUUGGCUAAGAUCCGGCGGUGAUUCGUCGUCAACGAUAUCCAACCGUCCAGUGUCCGGAGUGUCUGCAAAUCCCAUCAAGCGGUAUCGGUCGACCAGACCGCGAACGCUAAAGAAUAUCAUCGAGUCUGGAGCUUAUGAACCGGAAGCCUACAAACCGAGCUCAAAACAAAAAAAUUACAACGGAGAAAAAGAAAAACUGCAGAGUAUUAUGGCUUACGGCAAAGUGACUAAAUUGGAUCCGGUAGCUGUAGUUAAAGUUCCCAAUACCCCGAAAACUACUAAUGAAUGUACUGAUGAGGAACUCAUUAACUCAGUGAUAUUAGAAAUUGAAGAUCGUGAAAAAUUUCUAUCAGACAUGGAGGAUUUGGGACAAGGAUCCAAGUACAAUGCCUCUAUAAUUCAUGAGAUUUGUGACCGAAUCAAGAAACUAGAAGUGUUUGUCAGUAAAAAUGCCUGUAGUUAUAGGCAAGCAGACGUGCAGGGCAUUGCAAAUAAAUAUCGAAUACCAUUGGGAUCACCAAAAACACUACCGGGAUCGUUAUCUGUCAUUUAA